AUGGAGUUCGACGACGAACUAAUCCAAAUGGGCUACGGCGCCCCUCCACCCCCGACCUCAUCGCGCUCAAACAGCCGCCCACCACCACGCGCACGCUACCAACCACCCCAAGAAUCCGUAAAGCAAUUCUGGGAACAAUUCAACACAAAAUAUCCAGGCAAAGUAUAUACAGUCCUGCCCGACAACCCGUACGCACGCACGCGCGCAAAGCAUGUUCCCAGCGGCCGUAUCCAAGGCCAUGAAGCCGUCAAAUCAUAUGAGCAGGCUCGUCGCGAGUGUCUGAAAUCCGUCAGUCGGAUUGUGAAGGAGUGUGAGCGGGUUAAUCAGAAAUAUACGGAUCCACACUUUGAUAUUGAGCUUGACUUGAAGUCUGGAAGGAGGCAUUAUCUUGAUGGGUUGGAUAAGCCUAAUGAGGAGAUGAGGCCAAGGGGUGUUAAGAGGGUUACUGAAAUCUUUGAGAAGCCUCAGUUUUUCGUUAAUGGGCCUACGGCUUCGGAUGUUCGUCAGGGAUGUGAUGGUGAUUGUUGGCUUAUGGCUGCGUUGUGUACUAUGGGUAACAAAGAGGAGCUUAUCGAAAAGAUUUGUGUGGCUCGCAAUGAGAUUGUUGGUAUUUACGGCUUUGUUUUCUACCGAGAUGGCGAGUGGCAGCAAUGCAUCGUGGAUGACAAGCUCUAUUUGCGUGCGGCGGACUAUGAUGAGUCUGUGGAUGAACGACCCAUCUGGGAUGAUAUCAACCGCCACGACACGGAAGAGGAGUAUCGACGAGUCUGGCAGACUGGCUCGCGGGCUCUCUACUUUGCGCAGUGCGUGGAUGAAAAUGAGACUUGGUUGCCGCUUCUUGAGAAGGCUUUUGCCAAGGCCCAUGGUGAUUAUUCUGCAAUCGAGGGUGGCUUUGUUGGUGAAGCCAUCGAAGAUCUCACAGGGGGCGUCACUUCCGAGGUUUUGUCUAGCAACAUUCUCGACAAGGACCGAUUCUGGACCGAGGAGCUCAUGAAGGUUAACAAUGAAUUUCUCUUUGGUUGUGGCACUGGUAUGUUCUCCAACUGGUUGGAUCCUAAGUAUCGGGGUCCUCCCAGGGAUCGCAAGGGCAUCUCGGAGAAUCACUCUUAUUCAAUCAUGGAAGCUCGGGAGAUUGAUGGACAUCGGUUGCUUAGGCUCAGGAACCCCUGGGGCCGCAAGGAAUGGCAUGGUGCUUGGGGCGAUGGAUCCAAAGAAUGGACACCCGAGUGGAUGAAGCUACUUGGCCACAAGUUUGGAAAUGACGGGUUCUUUUGGAUCUCUUACCGAGACCUCCUCAAGAAGUACCAGCACUUUGACCGGACUCGUCUUUUUGGACCUGAGUGGAUUAUCGCACAGCAAUGGACUACAUUAAAUGUCCCCUGGUCUGCAGAUUAUCACAGCACCAAAUUUAUGAUGGACGUAACCAAGAGUGGCCCGGUUGUCAUUGUGUUAUCACAACUGGACACACGUUACUUCAAGGGUCUCGCUGGCGAGUACAGCUUCGUGCUCAAGUUCCGUCUACAGAAAGAGGGCGAAGAAGACUACCUCGUGCGCAGCCACAGCAGCCAUUUCAUGGCCCGAUCCGUCAACGCCGAGAUCAACCUCGACCCAGGUCGCUAUCACGUCCUGAUGAAACUCACAGCCUUCCGACACGACGACGAGCCGACAGAAGCAAUAGUCCGCCGUGUCGCCUCAACCCGACGCGAAAAGCUCGUGCAAGUCGGCCUUUCAUAUGACCUCGCCCAUGCCAAGGGACUGGUAGGCCAGACUGACCAAGAAAAGCGAGAACUGGAUCAAUUCGCCACAAUCAAACGCAAGAAGCUACACGAAGAAAUCAAGAAAAAGAUGCAAAAGGACUGGAUCCGCAACCAGAAAAUGGCCGCUCGGCAAGACCGACAAGAGCGCAUGGCCGCCAUGCGUGCUACUCGCACCCCCAACGGCAGCUCUUUCGACCGUAGUCCUGAGCGCAGCCCAAUCCCAACCCAGAUCCUCUCCGACGUUCCAGUUAAUCAAUCCCCCACAGACGUCGCAAGUAUGUGUUGCGAUAGCAGCGACCGACGCGCCUCCUCUACGAGCGGCUCUGUGCCAACAAUCCACGUCAACGGCAGCAAAGGCCUGCAUGAAAGACACGCCAGUAGAAAUGGCAUGAGACGAACUGAAUCCCCGCGUCCAAGUCUGGAUAGUCGUAUUUCCGCAGACACGCUCGACCCCAGUGAUUUGGAGCUACUGGAAGGGUUUGAGUUCGACAGUGAUCUCGAUGUACCUCCCGAAGAUGCGGAUUCGAAGUGCCACCCGCCGAUAAUGGACCAGGAUGGGCCUGCUGUUGAUCCGUGGAAUGCUGUUUGUGUGGUCGGCCUGCGUGUUUACUCUAUGGAUCAUAUGCUCAGCUUGCAGGUUGUGCAUCCUGUUCCUGAGGAUGAUACUGAGGCUCCUUUGGAUCGGGAUGACCCUGCUGCGUCAGCGACUACUUUCCAAAGGGAUUCGUAUUCCUGGAAGGAUUCUUGGAGUAGUCAGCUUCCAUUCUGA